CCAGCCGCCUCAUUCCGCUCCCCGCUAGAAGCGGCUUGAGUUUUCCGGAUAGGGGAUGCCGGGGAGACCCCUGAUGUAGCGCCUCAUGCGCGUUUUCUCUUGCGCUUUUUUAAUCGAAGCCUAACGGCCCCCACCUGAGGUCCCCUGCAUAGGCGCCGAUUGAUGACGCGCUGUCUCCUCCUUCUCCUGCCUCGGGCUUUAGAGUCGAGCUGGCUGGCUGGUUGAGUGACUGGCGGGGUGUUGCGCACGGUGAGAGCGCGUUGGUCGGUGGCUGUUUCGGCCGCGCUCUGGUCAGAGUCAUGUACCGGAAUCUCUUCUCCGAUCCUGAGUCUGUCGCAGCAAGUGUAGUAAUACUGGCUUUGCCUUAAAUUAAACCAUGGAAAAAAAUUACAUUACACUUCGGAAGACACACUUUUUGCGCAAUAAGAGCAAAAAUGAAGCUGACGCGGAAGAGUCAAUGCUGCCAACCCAGAAGAUGCAUGUGAGGGACAAGUGUUGUCAGACUGACCAUCACCACCAUGGCUGUUGUGGGCCAGCCCCAUUGCUGGAGCCGGGAGACCCACCUGUCUUACAGCAACCUGUCCAAACUGCAAAGUCCGGUAUCCAGCAAAUUAUUGAUUGUUUUCGAUCAGGGACUAAGCAGUUGAAACACAUGUUGUUAAAGGAAGUGGAUACUAUUUUUGAGUGCAAGACGUGCCGCAGUCUGUUCAGAGGUCUACCAAACCUAAUCACUCACAAACAGUUCUACUGUUUAUCGGAACUCCAUAUUGAUGAAAGUGCCAGCUUUGAAAGUGAUAAACAAAGCCAAGCUGUUAAGGAUCUUUUGGAUGCAAUUUACCCAAGAGUAGACAAGCAAGAGUAUGUAGUAAAUCUGGAGCCUAUUCAAACAAAUAGAAAUGCUGUUUUUCAGUUUGUUACCCCUGUUGGAGAAAAAAGCAACAUACCUGAGUUAAUGGCUGCUGAGCCAGAAGACUCUGUCGCUGAUCCUAAACCUAGUCCUAGUACAGAAAUGGAGAUUACAGAACCACCUGCUACAGAGAGUAACAAUGAAGAGUCUGCCAGUGUUCCAGAUGAAGUGCAGAUCCCUGGCCUUCUUGAUAAACCAGCAAAAGAACGUGAUGAUGAUGGACUUCCAUUUUUGUGUCGCGUUUGCAAGAAAUCUUUUCACUGUAGGAGAAGCAUAAGACGUCACAUUAAAAAGGUACACAAAAAAAAGUUGGAAGAUAUAAAGAAAUUUGUUGAAGUAAAACGGAAACAAACAAGAAGCAGAGGUCAAAUGGGUCGUAAGGCUUCAAGCACAAGCUGUCCCAUGUGUAAUAAAUCUUUUGCUACGAAAGCCAACGUAAGGAGGCAUAUUGAUGAAGUUCACAAAGGGCUGAAACGAGAUUCAGUUACUCCUGAAUCUACCGUGAACACGAAACCUGCGAAAAACGUUUCCCUGGAUGUGGCAUCUCCAAAGAAAUCGUUAAAGUCUGUGUCUCGUGGCCCUAAAUCUGCAAACGUCGACUUCAGCCUAAGUUCAUGUAAAUGUCCGUAUUGCAAGAGACGGUAUACUUCACAAUACUUGCUGAAAAAGCAUGUUCGCAUAGUACAUAAAGCUGCUCUAGGCGCUACUGAAUCUAAGAAGGGUAAAGGACAUAAUUCCAGUGGUAGCACAGAUAUCAAAGUAAAAGCGGAAAAUUCCAACGCUGUAGACUCCUCAUGCGCCCCUUCUCUCCAGAAUGACUUAAAGGGAUCAAACCAUACAAAUGAGAAAAAGAGCAAUCACACCACCCCCAAAACUAAAGGCAAAUCUGAUGUAGAGUCUCCCAAGAGUAGCCCAGCCGGGGACAAGAAGAAAACGAAAAAACCUAAACUGUCAGUUGGAUUUGAUUUCAAGCAGCUUUACUGUAAACUGUGUAAACGUCAGUUUACAUCUAAGCAGAACCUAACAAAACACAUUUCGCUGCAUACAGAUGGAAACAACAUCUACGUGAAGUUCUACAGGUGUCCUCUUUGCUCCUACGAGACUCGUAGGAAGCGUGACGUAAUCCGACACAUAACUGUUGUUCAUAAAAAGACGCAAAGAGCGCUAGUAAAAAUAACUGCAAACUUGGAAAGUAGAGCUAUUAAGAAACCGAUUGAAUGUAUCCUCGAAAAGGUGUCAAAAAGAGGUCCGCAAAAAUAUAAAGCUAAGCGGGUAAACGCGAAACACGAUGGAAACUCUAUAUUGCCUAAUAAAAAGGGUGAUGGAGAGUCUAGCAUCGAAGUCAAAGUAACCAAAAAUUUUUCUUUGCUCAAAUGUAAAAAGUGUGGCAAGGCGUUUGCAAAAAAGACUGAUCUAGAUCUGCAUAAGAAAGUUCACAAAGCCGGUUUAAACCAUUCUUCAGCAGGGGAUUCAAAAAAUAAAGGCAGAAGCACAAGGUCUAAAACCACAGUGGGAUGAUCUAUUCAUUUCGGGGGGGGGGGGGGUAGGUUGUGGAUGGCUUAAAUUACAAAUCCAUUGACUUUAGUAUUUUAUAUGAGCACACUUUUUAAUAAAAUAAUGGCUUAUU